AUGCCGGUUUCCGAAGACCGGCCGUCAUUCCUUAUUGAGGCUUGGACUCUCUACGGCAUUGGUACCUCCAUCAUCUUCGCCCGAUUUGCAGUGCGUUUCAAGACAGUCGGAUUUCGCGGAUUACAGGGCGAUGAUUUCUUCUCCGCUCUGGUACUGCUCUUCUACACAGUAGAUGCCUUUACCGUGCAUAUGAUCUAUUAUUUAGGCACGAAUAUCGAAGGCGGAGUCGCAGCGCAGAACCACACCUUGACCGCGGACGAGCUCGACCAAUAUAUCAAGGGUUCCAAACUGCAACUUGCAGCCUGGUAUGCCUACACGGCAUUGAUUUGGUGCCUCAAGGGUACAAUGUUGUGCUUCUUUUCUCGCAUGACGAUCGGUACAUGGCACAACGUGUUCGUCAAAUCAGUCUCUAUCAUUUCUGCCGUCUCUUAUGCCGCUGUCUUCCUUACAAUUACCUUUGGAUGUUUUCCAUAUCAACAUAACUGGCAGGUUCUGCCACAGCCCCCAUCAAAAUGUACCCUGAAGAUGCAGAACUUCUUGGUCACUACUGUACUCAACGUCUUGACUGACGCUCUAAUUCUUUGUAUUCCUCUGCCUCUUCUUUGGACACUCCAAGUUCCCUUGCGCAAGAAAUUUGUCAUCGGACUUCUUCUGUCCUCUGGCGCCUUCGUAAUUGCAGCAGCCAUCACUCGCGUCGUCCUCACCCUGUCCGCAAAUCCUUCUGCUCUUACGAUCAACUCAUGGGGUGUACGCGAGACAAUCGUCGGAAUCCUCACUGUCAACAUCCCGAUCCUCCGACCACUAUUCACAAAAGCUUUCUGGACGGGCCAGUCGUUAACUGAAAUCAGUUCCUCGUAUCGAGCAACAGGUCGAUCCAGGGGUACUCGUGCCGACGCGACGACAGACUUGGGCCCCUACGAGCUUACACCAAGCAUCAACGAGGGAGGCAAGCCGAGUGAUAGGGGAAGCCAGGAAUCCAUCGUUCCAAAGCACGUGAAAUUGGCUGAUAUUGUUGUCUCGAAGUCGUACAAUGUCUCACACGACAAUCGUACUGACAACGGGUCCUGGUACGGUGAUCGCAACGGAGCGUCCAAAGCGUCUGUGCAUGCCGACUCAUCUGUAUAA